AUGGAGAAGAGGAGGACAGUGGUGGCAGAGCCUGUUGACCCCAGAGUAGAGCCUGUUGACCCCAGGGCAGAGCCUGUUGACCCCAUUGUAGAGCCUGUUGACCCCAGGGCAGAGCCUGUUGACCCCAGAGUAGAGCCUGUUGACCCCAGGGUAGAGCCUGUUGACCCCAGGGCAGAGCCUGUUGACCCCAGGGCAGAGCCUGUUGACCCCAGGGCAGAGCCUGUUGACCCCAGGGCAGAGCCUGUUGACCCCAGGGUAGAGCCUGUUGACCCCAGGGCAGAGCCUGUUGACCCCAGAGUAGAGCCUGUUGACCCCAGGGCAGAGCCUGUUGACCCCAGAGUAGAGCCUGUUGACCCCAGGGUAGAGCCUGUUGACCCCAGGGCAGAGCCUGUUGACCCCAGGGCAGAGCCUGUUGACCCCAGGGCAGAGCCUGUUGACCCCAUUGCAGAGCCUGUUGACCCCAGGGUAGAGCCUGUUGACCCCAUUGUAGAGCCUGUUGACCCCAUUGUAGAGCCCAGCACGGAGGAACCAUCUAACCCUGACUCAGGUCCUGUGAAGGUGGACAACUGA